CUGCCAGCGGCCGUCUGGAAGGGGAGGGGCCGCGUCUGCCUUCCGCUUCUGGGCUGGAUUGACACACAAUGAGGAGCCGAGGCCGGGGAGACGCUCUGCAAACGCCGCUGUAAAUAAAUACAACCAUCACUGAGGCCGGAGGAACAUGGAGAACCAGUGCACGGUGCAGGUGAAGCUGGAGCUUGGCCACAGAGCCCAGCUUAGGAAGAAAGUGACGUCGGAAGGAUUCACCCACGACUGGAUGGUGUUUGUCCGAGGGCCAGAGACCGGCGACAUCCAGCACUUUGUAGAGAAGGUUGUCUUCCGCCUGCACGAGAGCUUCCCCAAACCCAAGAGAGUAUGCAAGGAGCCUCCAUACAAAGUGGAGGAGUCGGGCUACGCAGGCUUCCUCAUGCCCAUUGAAGUUUACUUCAAGAACAAGGAGGAGCCAAAGAAGGUGUGUUUCAACUACGACCUGUUCCUUAACUUGGAGGGCAACCCUCCGGUCAACCACCUGCGCUGUGAGAAGCUCACCUUUAACAACCCCACCAAAGAAUUCAGGAGAAAGCUGAUCAAAGCCGGAGGGGUAUUGGUGGUUCCAGAGGGGGCAGAAGCCAGACCCAAUCCGGAUUAUCCAAUGCUCCCCACCAUCCCCCUCUCUGCCUUUUCAGACCCCAAGAAGACCAAGACUUCUCACGUGUCAAAGGAACCCAGCAAAGAAGGAAGUGGUGGAAGCAAAGGACCGAAACCUCACAAGCUGACCAAGGAGCACCGCGAACGGCCCCGAAAAGACUCUGAGAGCAAAGCCACGUCGAAAGGAGACGACAGAGAUGGAAGCAGCAAGAGUGGCCGAGAUCCUUCCUCUUCCUCAUCCUCAUCUUCAAAAAAGCCGGCAGAGAUCAAAGUGAAAGACGAAGUGAAGGUCCUUCCCAAGGCGGCAUUCAAGGAGCCUAAGCUCACCCUGAAGGAGUCAAAGAUGGAGGGCAUGUCCCCUAAAGGAGGGGGGGCUGGGAGUGGAGGGGGUGGCGGAGGAGGCGGAGGAGGCGGAGGAGUGCCGGCAGAGUCCAAAGCUCCGGGGAAACGGCCCUCCACCGUGGAAUCUCCCAAACCCAGCGCGAAGAAGCAGAAGAAGGGCAGCUCUGAGGGGCCGAAGGGGCCGACGAGCGGAGCCUUCACAGGAACCUCCCCUCGUGUCUCCUCGUCGUCUGCGGCCAGUCAGCCCUACGCUGAGAAGAAACCCUCUAAGGAAAAAGGUCGCUGGGCCAAAGGCAAAAAUGACACGCAGGAGCUGAAGGAGCCCAAGAAACUACCAGAGUCGGAAGAGUCCAAUUCAGAAGACGAAGCCUCUUCGAAGUCAGAGCAGUCGGCCCCUUCCAGUCCUUCCAACUCCAGCUCAAGUUCUGACUCCAGUUCAGACUCAGACUUUGAGCCGGGACAGAAACAAGGGCAAGGCCCCCUUCGAUCCAUGGUGGAGGAGAUCCAGUCAGAAGAGUCGGAUGAUGACGACAGCAGCUCAGAGGAGGAGACCCCCAUCAAGACCAACCCCCCCAACCGCGACUCUCGACUCAGCCUGGACAGCGAGAGUGACAGCAGUGACGGCUCGCACCGCCCCAGUCGAGACCCCGCCCCGCCCCCACAGAAACACAGCUCCUCCAACAACAAACAGGUGUCGGGCAGAAAGAGUCCAGAUUCCUCGUUUCGCUCGGAGAAGGUGUUGAAGAAGGGAUACGACAAGGUAGGAAGGGCCUACACAGAAGAGCUGGUGGACCUCCAUCGCAGACUGAUGGCCUUAAGAGAGCGUAAUGUCCUACAGCAGAUCGUCAACCUGAUCGAGGAGACGGGCCACUUCAACGUGACCAACACCACCUUUGACUUUGACCUCUUUUCACUGGACGAGUCCACCGUCCGCAAACUACAGAGCUACCUGGAGGCGACGGCCACGUGACAGGAAUUGGAAACCGGCGUGUGGAUGGCAGCGGAAGUCAACUCGCCACCUCUUCUCCUCUUUAGGGGAGGCGACAAGCAGUCGCGUCAGCCGCGGCUGUCUCACAGGUCUGACUGAAACAUUGAACAACUACCACACAAAACAGAAACACACACAGUCAAACCCAAGCACACAUGAAGACACACCAAUUAUCACGUGACGCUGGGGAGGAUGCAGCAGCAGCAGCAGGAGGAGGAGGAGUUGUAGAAGGGAGCGCUGGAGUAGCCGAUCUCCGUCUACAGUCAGGAUUUUCAUCACACGUCUCUUUUUUUGAGUCUGUGUAGAGCUGUGGAAUGCACCCCACACCCCCCCUUCACCCUCCUGCACUCCCUCCUAAGCAAACCCAAUACUCCUCCUCCUCCUCUUCACACGCACACUUCUUAUACCCAGCAGAACACUCCAGUUCCCUUCCCCCUGCUGUCAGCUGGAGCUCAUUUCUCUCCCAACAUACUCUCGAGUCGCGUUUAUGUGUGUGCGCGUGCCUGUGUGUGUGUGUGUGUGUGUGUGUUUGUUUGUGUGUGUGUGUGUGCGAGCACCGCUGAGGUUUAAGAGGAGAUGUUAUGUUUGUGGUUACUGACUUCACUUUGUUCGCGAUGCCCAAGUACAAACGACUGCCGGUUUCCCUCGUUCCACUGAACAGACACACCAAACAAAUACACAUUCAGGUGACAUUUUGCUUUGGCACCCCCCCCCCCCCCCCCCCAGUUAAGCAUUUAUAACUAUUUAUAGGCACUAUAUUAACAUUAAGCAAAUGGUUUAUACCACACUAUAAUAUAGUUAUAAAUGUUUAUUUAUGUACCGUGUCGACCAAAUUUUAAGACGAACCAGGUUAUGUUUUUGGAAAAAGACUAGGGAAAGAGUCGUCAUCCUUGAAGUCAAUUCUCUGUGAAAUGGGGUCAGAUACUCACCGCUUUUUGUGUCACGGUCUUGUAUGCGGACAUAAUUAAUUUUAUAUAUUCGAGGUGCCUGUUUUCUGUGAUGGCGGUAAUUCUUUGGCUUGUGAUGAAUUUAGUUCCUCAUAUUAAAUCCCGGCCUUCAGAAACAGAAAGACACCAUAAACAGACUCGAAGACGUCCACUUAGCCGCUGUAAUGGCGACACUGUAUUCAAAACGAAUAUCAGAUUUUCUGAAGUUGGACAAACCCCACUUUUCAAAUGAAUUUUCAGAAAUAAUAUAGUGUUAUAUUUGGGCCAUUGAUACAUUGGUAAAGACUUAAAAUUUUAUUAUUAUAACCUGUCCAGGGUGAACCCCGCCUCUCGCCCAAUGUCAGCUGGGAUUGGCUCCAGCUCCCCCGUGAUCCUUAAAGAAUAAAGAGGGUUUAGAUAAUGGAGGGAUUAUUAUUGCUGCAAAAAACUACAUCAUAGUGUGUUUAUUAUAUACAUUUACUGCUUUGAAUGCUACACAGGGGGGUGAAAGGAAAGUGGCAGCCAGAUUCAGGUUCGUCUCCCAGGUCCUUAUACUGAACACUGUACAUGAAGAACUGAGACGCGUGCGUGUGUGUGCGUGUGUGCGCGUGUGCGUGUGCGUGUGCGUGCGUGUGCGUGCGUGCGUGCGUGCGUGCGUGCGUGCGUGCGUGCGUGCGUGUGUGUGUGUGUGUGUGUGUGAUGACAUUUCUCUGUUGUCUGAAAUCUGAAAACGUCUCUGUUGAGUGUGCCCCCCUCUAUUUCCUCGCACUGAAAGCUGAGCCUUGACCUCCUACCAACACCGCCCCCCCCCCCCCCCCCCCUUCCCUCAGAAGCUCCCUCACUCCAUCCCGUCUCAUCACCCUCCUCCUCCUCCUCCUCUUCCCUUAUUCCCAUAUUGGCGUGCAUGAAAGGGCUCGACUGCUCGUGGCCAGAGCAGUGGAGGAUCACUCCUGAAUUGCCUUCUAAGUGGUGGGAGGGAGGGUUUGGAGAAGAAAAAAAAAAUCCAAAAAAUACAGCCGUGACAAAGUAGCCAUACUCGUCUCCCAGAAUCCAAAAAUGAGAAAAAGAAAUAAAAUAGGGGCCACGCUUUUUUUUUACGUUUUAUUUUUCUACAAGUGCAUUUUGUGUAUUUAUUCCCAGACCACGGUCGAGAUAACCUGUGAGCUAUGAAUGUAUAUAUCGCUUUUACUUUUCUACGGCUAGCAACAGCCCCACUCUAGUGCCUUUUUUUCUGCGACUUGCAGUGCGAGGGGGUGGUGUGCGCUCUUUUAGCCAUGGUCACACAGAUCCUGAACCUGCCCGCCCACCCACCACCCUCGAAAUACCCCCCACCUCGGGGGGAAACAAGUGUUAAGUGGGAUGCCUGAAUAUCCAGUAUUGUCUUAACGGCGUUCCCCUCCCAGCUUCUCCUUUCCCAGUGUCUUCGUAGGCUGUUGUCCUUUUUAAUCAGUGACGUUUCUGUUCGUCGAGCCCUCUAGAAAUUUCCAGAUGGCAAUCUUUCAUCGAUGGCGGUCAUGUUUUUAUGUCCUUGCUUUCUGAGAUUAGAGUCAGUGUUCAUCAGAGGAAGCAUCAGAUGACUGUGGUAGUUACAUUCAUUAACUCUAGCAACUUUUUGCCUUCUGCUGUGUCGUGUGUUUCUGUGAGGCGGUUUGUCGUUGAUUAGGGUCGGGGUUCCCCUCUUCUUCAAGUGGAUUGAAGUAUUUGAACUGACGGUGAGGUGUUUGAUACCAAGUUAGCAACACAUGAGCAGCAUUCUACAAAGGACAAGCAGUCAGAAAUAUAAGCUAAGCAAAGCACUUCAUGUGUUUUCUUUCCCUAAUAUUAAACAUGAAAAUGUUUCUCAGGGGCCUGCGUCACGACACAAGAUGAGUGGGCGGGACAGAGAACUGUAACCCAGGCUGACUGGUCUCAUGAAGCUGGCUCACUUUAACUAAGUUAGAUCACGAAGCCCAGAGAAGGAUCCGUUUAGAGGGUCAGAUCAAAACCUACAUAAGACGAGUGAUAAUGAGCACAAAGCAACACGUCAGCUGUUUUCAGACAUGCGCUGUCGUCCCGACCUUUUCCCCAAAUUUUCCGAACGGGAAGCAAAUGUCGGCAAAUUUAAAAUUGACCAAAACUUGUGGGCAAGUGGGUGAUCUCCCCUGGCACCACCUGUCUGGAAAGUCUCCUGCUGCGUUCGUCAUACGUUAACAGCGAACCCUGGAAAAUAUCAGGACCCAAUUUUCCGAUAUUUUCCAGAGUUCCCGUAUCAUCAAUGCUUUUUUAAGUGUUCCUAUUCCUUUUAUUAGAGAUGACCGUAGAGCACUGCCUGAGGUGGAUAUUGAUUUUACAGUUGACAAAACUAAACUGAAGAACCCUCACACUGUUUUAAAACAUAUCUUUUGCAUUUCUGUAUUUUCAUUGCUUGCCAUUUCCUUGGAUUACAUAAACGUUAUAAAAGGCAACUUGGCCAUAGUUAUCAAUAUUUAACAUUUACAGUGGAGUAAUUAAUCAAGAUUCUUGGUACUGUGCAGUCUAUUUUGCAUUUAUGAUCCAUUACGGCAGCUCAGUAAUAUAAUAUUGACUAUCUUUAUUAAAAAUCAAUGUCCGCACACUGAACAUUAAGCUACAAGUGAAUUUUAUGCCGCAGUGUUUCCACGUCUGAGUCUAUUAGUUUUAAUAUCAGCUGGACGCAUCAGAGUGCAUUGUCACAGCUGCAGUGCUGCAGCAAUUAGUCAACUGAUCGAUUAGCUGAUCAAAAGAGAAGUAAUUUGGCAACUUUUUUGAUAAUUGAUAAAUCUUCAACAGCAAAAAAAUCACCAAAAAUUCUCAAAGAAAAGGCGCUUCACUGAACUGAAAAUCUUUGGCCAAAACGAGCACAGUGAAGACGUCGCCUUGGGUGCAGAGAAAUUUAUAAAUAAAAGACUCAAUAAAGAAAUAAAUCUUAUACAGUGGAGCUUCAACAAAAAGGUAUUCAUGAUUAAUUUAGACUUUUAAUCAACCAAUCAUUGUAGCUCAACUAUAAUAUAAUAUUCGCUCUUACAUAUUGACUAUUUAAGCAUUUCACUAUAGCAUGAAUCAGUUAGUAUUCUUCUACUAUUUGUAUUUCCAUCGUGUUUACACUGUAUUACCUACUUUUCUUCUAUAACAAUUUUAAAGUCUGAAUAUACAUCCUGACAUCCCCGCAGGGAUCAGCGGUUUUAAUCAAACACUCGACCGGUUAUUAUGACGUGUGAUUGUUGCAAUGCUCGAGUUUGCAUGUUUAUUUUUUCCCGUUUCGUUUUUAAAGUGAGCAAGCUUUGGUGAGUUGUUGUUGUUUUUAAUAGAGCCGUGAACCAGCUUCGUGAGACUGAAGCCCCCCGAAAAAAAGCUCAAAGAAAAGCCGGAGUAAGGUUAAGUUGCUUCGUGAUUCAGGCCCCUGGUGUGUUAGUUCCUGUGGCCCCUUUAAGCUAAGCACACACACACACACACACACACACACACACACACACACACACACACACACACACACACACACACACACACACACACACACACACACACACACACACACACACACACACACACACACACACACACACACACACACACACACACACACACACACACACACACACACCAAACCACUGUGGUACAGACCUUCAAUGAACAUCCCUCCCCCUCUUCAGUUUUCCUCUUGUCGACAGUAUUUUUUCAUUCUGACGCUCUGAUAGCUUUAAUUCCUCCCCCCUCCUCCUCCUCCUCUUCUUCUGUUGCCUGCCUGGCUCAGCGACAUCUACACACUCCCACUGCCCGUACUGUAAACGCCGCCUGAGCAUGGAAAAUGUGUCUCAAAAAGAAGAAGAAGAGGAAGAAGAAGAAAAAAUAAGAAAAACCUGGAUCCCUGCCGUCUUAUGUGCCCUGCAGUAACCCCCCCUCCCCUCUUCCCCUCCCCUCAUUGCCCUCACUUCCCCCCCCCUCAGUCAUUUUCUCGAGGUGUGCCUCUGGCAACAGAACUUCAGGCCGUGAUUACUGAGAAUGAACUCUGCAACUGUGUGAGUGACGUUUGUGCGUCUGCGAGUGUGUUUGUUAGCGAAAGGAGGGAAUUGGUUUGGGUUGGGGGGGACUUUUCUUCUUGUGCCCUUCUCUGUACAUCAAUGUGGGAACCUUUUAAGUCCUAGUUCAUGAACUCUGACCUUUGACCAGGCACUCAUUCAGCCCCUUGUGGCGGUGGAGAGGGGGGAGUCGAACGGGGACUCGAGAGAAGACCCACUGUCUUACCCACAGUCAAUGUUUUAUUUAUGGACCUCUGCACUUUUGGCUGUGAUGACUUCAGUACUUACGUAGUUACCUGAACUGUAUUUUUAAGGAUUUUAUACAAUAUUUACAUGCAAUACAAUAUGAAUUGAGGUUUUUUUUUGCCAACCUUUUGUUUUGUUUUAUUUUUGUUUCUUAUUUAAUUGUCUUUACCUUGGCAUGUUUGGUCACUAUUAUUCACAAACAAACAUGCCUGUUGAAUCUAUUUUAGGCAUAAACUGUUGAUAUGGGGAUGUUCCCUGUAUGUGUGGGGGUUUUUUUGUUUUGUUUUUGUAUCACGAUUCUGAUGACAGCUGAAAACCAAGAAGCAGGUGUUGGAAAAUGUUUGCUGGAUGAGCUAAACGUUGUCACCCCUCCGCUUCCAGUAACAGAAAACUGGACCAGAACGAGGACGCGAGGAGUCCACACAACUGUUGAGCUAAACGUUUAUUAUUUUUUUGUUUGUUUCAUGUCCAGUUAUGUUUGGAGGUAAUUUUGUUUCCCUCUCACUCAUUAAUGGAAAUCUAUACCCAAGCAGAAACUGUCAUAUUUGCAUAAUUUGACUGUUCCGAUAACGUGAAGCCUGAAGAAACACAACCGUAGGAAUCGACAGAGCUUGCGAAGUUGUGCCGAGCUGUUUUGAGCCUUUCGUUAAUUUCCCCCCUACACGACGUCAUGUGACUCACAUUUGUGUCACGUUCACAGCUUUAGAUCCACGUGAAGGUGAAAGCAGACGCAUUGACGUCCCGUCCAGGCCAACAUCUGAUCCGUCACUCGCAUAGCCUCUCGUUUAGUCUUUCUGGGAAAAAAAAAGUUAUGCUCUAUGUUGAAAGUAAACUUCAGGAGCAUAGAUGAGGGGGACUUAUCUCUCUAAAGUACCUAUCUACCUAUGCUCCUGAAGUUUACUUUCAACAUAGAGCACAACAGUGCAGCUAGUUAAGUUAUUGAAAUGUGAUUUCAUCCCGAUCCAUAAAACUCAACAAUGCUCUGUUUGAGAAAAAAAAAUCAAUCUCCAUCUUUCCAGUUGUAUCCUCUGCCGUCUUCAAACUUUUACAUUUUUUUCCGUUUCCUCUCUGUCCUGCUGUUACUACAGACGUGUGUGUGUGUGUGUGUGUGUGAACGGAUCACGACCCUUCAACUCACUCAUGGGGGCUAUUUUUAUCGGUUGAGCUGUGAUGUGAAUCCAAAAAAUGUCGAGGGCUUAUGGGAAAUAUUAUUGGGCAAAGGCUGGAGAACACAACACAAAGUGAAUGAUGGUACAACGCUAGGGACAUUUAAAACCUAUGGAGCCACAACCACACACUGUUCACUCGAUAUUAGCCUAGUUACAAAUGUCAGUGGGAUUCCGAGGUUUUCUUACUGCUGUAACAAAAGAAUGCAUAAAUGCCAGUUUUACGUGGGCUCUCUAUUACAACCUGUGUAAAAAAAUGGCAUCUGGUUAGUUAAGUAUGACUCCCAGGAAGCAGUUCAGCAAAUUCUGCAGAUGAAAUUUGUUCAGUCUUCUUUAUUUCUUUUUUUGUUUUUUGGUUGUCAUUUUUUGAUGAAUUCAGAAACUGUGGUUCCACGGUUUGUCACGAAUUAUGACCGCAAAUCGUUUUUGAAUCCACCUGCUGCUCUGACUCGCACCUCUAUCUGGCUUCUUCUCCAUGGCAAACGGCAGCUGAGGCUCAUGGGUCCACUAUGCCAAAAACACUAUGAUAUCUUUCGAAAAAGUCUACGUAAUUUGAAAACGGUGGUCCCGACAUGAACCUGUACUGAUGGACAACUCAUCAAGGAGAGUCCUGUGUUUCUGUGUUGAGCGACAUUGAUGUUAGAUGAAAGUAACAAAAUUGAAAAUGGGGGAAAACGGAAUGGAGAAGAAGAAAAGAAAAAAAACACACUCCCACUUCGCAACUCUAUGAGCAGGUCUGUGGGAGUGGAGCGUUUCAGCUGCGACUUUAUUAUAUAUAAUAAGUGUAUAAAACAGCAAAAGGUAGAAUAUCUACUGUGUGGAUCUUAAAGAGGACGAGGAAGAAGCAAAAAAAUGUUGACGGUUCGUUGCAAAUAUGUGGAGGAGGGUGGGAGGGGGGCAUGUGCAGACGGGGUGUUUCCUGUGUCAGUGGUCGUCAUAUUGUGUCUGUGACAAGGGGACAGGGUUCGCCUGUAUUUAUAUAAAGGUUUUUUGUUUUUUUUUACUUGAGUAAGGGGGAGGGGUGGGUGGAGUCUGAACUGUGUCCAUACAUGUGGUCAGGGCUACACAACAACGGGGGCAGAACAAAUGAACUGGAUGGCAGAAGAACAAUUUGGUAUUUUUUAAAAAUAAAGACUUGGCAUAAAUGCCACCAUGUGGCCAUACGAUGCAAGUUGUUGACGCGGACAAAAACAUGUUAUUUUAAUGUUAUUUUUUAUUUUGAAAUCAUAUUAAUAAAGUCAUUAAGUACUGUU